AGAGACUUAUCCAUCAAUAGCUUCAUCCGCUUAGAUGUAUAUUUAUCAUAAAUGAAAUGUGGUAGGGAUACGUACUGAGAUUAAAUCUAUUGUUAAAUAUAAAGAGCAUCACUGGGCGAAUAUUGACCACAAAUCAACAGUAAAGUUGAAAGUUUACAUAAAAUUGUCGGAGAUGAACUACCAUCUGUCGUUGGUUAUCUUCAGUUAUCAAAUUAUUGGCAUUUUUUCUAGACCAGAUAUUAUUAUUACUGAAAAUGUAGACCCUGCUAUAAAAAUAGCACCCUCUACAAAUACAAAUAUAGGACCCUCUACAAGUACAAACACAAGCACAGAAUGGAUUGUCACAAAACCAUCAACCUCUAUAGAUACAAAUACAGACACAGAAUGGGUUUUAGAGAUGAAAUUAGGAAUAGGACCUAUUGUUAAUGGAGGAUCUUCGAUUGGUUGCAAUUCUUCCUUGAUCAACAUCAAUUCAGGUGAACAAUCCAAUCGGGCUUUCGAAAGAAUAAAAGAUGAAGAUUCCCUGUCCAAGGAUUUCACAGCUAAUCUUGGUGGCAAAAUUUAUUACUUUGCGAUACUUGAAAAGGCUAAUUUCUUUGAAGCAAUACAAUUUUGCAAGAAACAUGGAAUGGAGCUUGCGAGCCUGGAGACUGAAGAGGAAAAUGAAAUAAUUCUUGAUUAUAUGAAAACAAAACUUGACAAAAUGGAUCGUUUUUGGAUUUCUGGGAAUGAUUUGGCUAAAGAAAAACAUUUCACAUGGCUUUCAACAGGUGAACCUUUUACUUUCACUUAUUGGGGAAUAUCACAACCUGACGAUGAUGUUGGUGAUGAAGACUGUGUGGAAAUUAGGAAUUUUGGUAAAUUGGUGUGGAACGACGAGUCCUGUCUGCUCUCUCAGAACUUCAUAUGUGAAUCCAGAGACUGCAUAGACUGCAGUAGGUCUUAAUCAAAACAAUCAAAGGUGUUUGUGUACCAUUAUUUCCACAAUUGUUUUUAUUCCAUUUCCAGGAUAUGUCUGAAUUGUUAAUAAAUAUUUUUCUAGAGUGAA